UAAGAGCAGCUCUCUCCAUAGCAACUGAAAACUUUUCAAGGCAGCAAUAAACUAAUCCUCUCCAGCUUCCAGAGCACCAUCAAGGAAUUUUAAAAACAUUGGACUUCUAGCAGCUAAAUACUUCUGAGGAUUCAGAAGGCCACAAAGCUAGAUACACAAGCAUUCCUUUUCCCUUCAGAAGAUCCCUCAGGUUUCAAGUUUAAGCUGUGAAGUGCAAACAAGAAUCCAACAUUCGGUGCAGAUCACGCACUGCAGGAAGAGGAGAUGUGUUUUCUGACGAAGCAUCCAGCUCUUGGGGUGGUAUGUUCCGCUUUCCUAUUCAGCGUGCUCAUUGCUGAAGGACAGUCUGGGGAAGAGCAUGGGCAGGAUGGCAGCUAUGCUCCCAGCCGAGGCUAUCUGAUGGAAGUUUUACGCGUUCUUUCAGCUGACAACACUGAGCUCCACAUGAACCACUCACAAGAACUGGUCAAAAUGUUACUGGAGAGAGCUGAGUGCCCACAGCGGAUUUAUGGCAUGCAAGAGGAUUGUAACCUGUGCCUUGAGCCAGACGCUUUGUUACUAAUAGCUGGUGGAGAUUUAGAAGACCGUAUCAGUGAAGAAGUAUUUCAGAGAAUUUCUCUUAUUCUCCUGUACUACAUUUUCCAUCAUAAAGAUGUGUGUUCUUCAGACCUCGGCUUGGAUAAUAAGGAUUAUAAAUUUUACCUACAGAGUAUGCUUAGUUUAAGACAUGAUGAAGAUUCUUAUUAUUUUUCACGGAAUGAAACUGAAGAUAUUUUGGCUGCAGUAAGGCAACAUUUUAAAACUUCUGAAACCCAGUGUUUUGAUGUGACUACUCUGGAGAAAAAUGCUGAUAUAAUGCACAGAGAUGGUGCUGAUGAAAACACUCUUCCACGCCUGGCUGCUUUAAUCAUUACACUGGCUCUGCAAGGAGUCUGUAUGGGGAAAGCAAGUUUGCCCUCCCCAGAAUUUUUUGUAAAAUAUAUUUUCAAUUCUCUAAACAGUACCACUGAGAUCCAAGUGUCAGAACUAGAACAGCUACUGAACGUGCUUACAGCCAGAAAGACCUGCACUGUAAAUGGGCAAUUCCACAGUCAGAGAAGAAGACGUUAUAGUAUGGCAAUCAGAGAUAUUGGAAACCAAAAUAUUCCAGUCAAAGGAAACCAUACGAAAGGAGACUAUCUGAAAAGUUAUUUUGAAGAUCCUGAAAGGAACACAGAUUGGGACCAGGUUUGUUUCUCUGCCAAUGAACUUGUGAAGAUAUUUUUAAAAAAUAGUUCUUCCUCCAUUUCUAAGGACCAGUUCAAGCAAAUCAGUCCAGCUAUCAUUCAGCAGCUAUUAAGUUGUUCAUGUCAGCUUCCUGACUUCAAGCAGGCAAAGCUUCCACCAACAACUUUGGAAAGUGAGUUAUGGCUUUAUCACACUGUGGCUGUUUUACUUAUUACGAUUGGAUCUAUGUUUGGUACAACCCUCAUUUUAUUUAACUCCUGUCAAGAAAUCUAUACACUCGUUUUACAACUGUUUGUUGGUUUGGCUGUUGGGACCCUUUCUGGAGACGCAUUGCUACACCUUAUUCCUCAGACUCUUGGUUUACAUAAACAUGAAGUACAAGAAGUAGAACACUUCUAUGAGGGGAAGGAAUAUAUUUGGAAACUUUUGGGAAUAAUUGGCGGAAUUCACGGAUUUUUUCUAAUAGAAAAGUGUUUCUUUCUUUUGGUAACACCACGUAGCCAGAGAAGCCCAGAAGAUUCUGAGUCUGCUGAAGUUCCUCCAGAGAGUAAAGCGAUCAGCAAAAAAAGUAAGAAAAUUAGCUUGUUAGCAAUUAUGGUUCUGGUGGGUGACAGUCUUCACAAUUUUGCUGAUGGCUUGGUAAUAGGAGCAGCAUUCUCGUCCUCAACAGAAACAGGUGUGACGACGACUAUUGCUAUUUUAUGCCAUGAAAUUCCUCAUGAAAUGGGAGAUUUCGCUGUGCUGCUAAGCACAGGGCUCCCCACGAAGAUUGCAAUUAUGAUGAAUUUUAUAAGUGCACUAACAGCAUUCUUAGGACUUUAUAUUGGCCUUUCUGUAUCAACUGACCCAUGCAUUCAAAACUGGAUUUUUACUGUUACAGCCGGAAUGUUCCUGUAUUUAUCUUUAGCAGAAAUGCUUCCUGAAAUGACUCAUAUUCAGACACGGCGACCCUGGUUGAUGUUUCUUCUACAGAACCUUGGAUUACUAUUAGGCUGGCUUUGCCUCUUACUUUUGGCUAUAUAUGAACAGAAAAUUAAACUAUAAAUUUUCUGUUGAAAAUCUUUAAGUACCACUUAUGACAGUGGGUAGCAUUAUUCACAAUUUUGUCAUGUCUGCUAUAGUGAUAUAUAGUGAUAUAUAGUUGCUCAGAUUUUUAUAUCUGAACAGUAGAUAACCAUUUCACUUCAUUAACUUAUUGUUCAGAUUUUGUAAUUUUUUUUAAAUAUGAAUGUUUAGAAUUGUUUUAUUUGUUACUGAGUUUACCAGAUCCCAUGCUCAAACUCACGUGAGCUUAUGAUUAGUUUUUAUUGAGACUGUUCUAGUUGAAUGCUCUGAGUGAUCUCUGCCGGUCUGAUUGAAGAGAAGAAUAAAACACUUUUAUAUGCAAUAAUUAAAGUGAACUAACCAGAAUUGAAUAAUUUGAAGCAGAAAAGUUUGUUGCUUCUUAGUACAGAGGAUAAAUGCAUUUUUAUAAAACUAAAAAGUAUAGCAAAACUAAACUGUUAAAUGGCAUACAG